CAACUUCAGACGGAAACAUUGCACUCUCAGGACUCUGCAGGCUAAUAUGCGUUUCUGGAGUUGGGUGCAGUUCAUUUAAUAUUCCGGAUUGGGAAAGAAACAUCUCCAGAAAUGACCAUGGAACUGACCGGAGAGCAACUGAAAAUAACUGAGACCCGGCUGAAAAAAUAUUUACCUCGGUCGCAACAGGUUUACGGUUAUUUGGUCCUAAUGAACAGAUCAGAUCAGGUCAGAGCAGACCCUGUGAAGGUUUUAGUGGACAGGUGGCCAGAGUUCAAUGUCAUUAUCUGCAAACCACAAUAUGAAAAGGAGGGUGAUCUCUUCAAAGACACACCGGUUUUUGCAAACGAUGAAGCUAUUCUAGAGGAAACCAUAAGGAAGUCCUCUGUUAUUGAUUGGACCAGAUUCCUCUGUCUUGGAAUCAAUCUUCGCCACGUUGAUAUAUUCAAAGCGGUGGCCUCAGAAAAAAACGUUCCGAGCUGCAAACUGGCAGUGUGUCACAUGAUGAUACUGAAGGAUGUAUCCGACCUUCCCUCUAUAGACAGCUCAGGGAUCUCCCUCAGCUCUAUGGAUGAAUCGCACGUUGGCUUGGUGAAUCAGUCGUGGAAGUUUGCAAAGACGAGGGAGGCUGUCGGGAUGAUCCGGAACAUGCUCGCAAACUUCCCCUCCUGCUGCGUGCUGGAUGCAGAAGCAAAACCCGUGGCCUGGAUCCUGACCUAUCCGACGUGUGCCAUGGGGAUGCUGCACACUCUGCCAGAGCACAGGGGGAAAGGCUAUGCCAAAGUCCUGGUCAGCACCAUGGCCAAGAGACUCCACGCUCAGGGCUACCCAGUGUACUGCUUCAUUGAGGAGGAGAAUGAGGUCUCAUACAAUCUCUUUAAAAACCUGGGCUUCACUGAGGAUCCCUCACACAGGGAAGCCUGGUUUCAAUUCAAUGAUCUUUAAAUACCUCAAAGAAGGGUAAUAUGUAUGUGUAAAAAAGUCUAAUGAACUUACUAAUGUGCAUCUGUAGCACAAAACAUUAGUGAGAUUAACUGAAAGUAUUUGUCAAAAAUGAGGGUAAAGAAAGAGUUCCUGCUACUGUAAGAGAGCAUGUUGUAUUUUCAGUUCAGGUUCAGUUGCUUUAAGCUGAUAUAACCUGUUUCAUGGACAUUGCUGAUCACAUAUCAUAUUUUCUCAUUUGAUGCAAGACUGGAUCUGAAAUGAAAAGAAACAAAUCUUAAAGUAAAAGUGCAUAUUUAUUACCAUAUAUUGAAAAAAUAAUAGGGUUUUUUUAGAUCUUCAAUGCUCAUUAUUAAAUAAUGUGUUUUUUAAAUUCAUAAUUUAUAUAAAAGGUUAAUUACAAUUAGAAACUGCCAUCACAAGUAACUAUAGUCCAAAGUGAUGUCUUGAGAUUAUUACAUCAUUAAUCAAUUAUCAAUUAGAUUCCUCUCAAGUUACCAAAUGAUUAGUUAACUAAUCAUUUCAGCUUCACUAGUUUAUGAAGGCAAUUCUAUUCUAUUCUAUUCUAUUCUAUAUGAUCAAACAGUAUUAAUGCAUUCAUUUCUGAAUAAAAUCCACAAUUUAUUAAAAAGAACUGAAAUCAUCUUUUAAAGGAAUAUUAAAAAACCCUGGUGACUGCUU